CGGGCAGAGCGUCCCUAACGACGGGGCGGGGCGGGGCGGCGGCGCCUGCGCGGUGGCGGCGGCGGUGGCGGGCUCGCGGCCGUGAGGCGGCCGCUGUGGGGAGCGGGGCGCUGCGUGCCGCCCAUGGAGCCGCGGGAGGAGGAGGAGCAGGAGCGGGUCCCUCCUAUUGCCACAACUCCACCGCAUCCUAGCUGGAAGGAGGAAUUAUUAAGCCAGAGCAGCAGUGGAACCCAGGUGUCAGUUACGAGCGGUAUCUCUCUGGGAGAAGCAAUACGUCAGAAAUCUGCCAUUAAUGAGGGAAUGGAGUCAUGGUAUCAGCUUCCAGGAGAAGUGGACGUCAGCCGUUUAACUGCUGCCUCAGAGACAAAACUUGGCCUGACUUGUGAUAGAAAUGACCUGACAGAGUUCUCUACUGUGGAGGAAGGAGUGUUGCCUUCAGCAGAAGGAUCCACAGGGCAGUAUCCUGGAGAUACAGCAUGUGGCUUGCUUCUGGCUAUUCAGGACAGUCGAUUCUCUCCAUGUCUUCCGCUGCUGAUGACAUAUUCAACACAAGAUCAGAAAAUUUUAGGUGAUACACUUUUCCAGCAAUCAGAAGUGGAUUUUAUUCCUUUAAGAGGAAUCCCUGAUACUUCCAGUGCUUCUGAGGUACAUUCGAAGCCUUUGCGGAUUCAUGAAGCUGUGUGGCUGACCGACACUGAAAUACCUUCUGAUGCGCUCAGUGACUGCCUUACUUUGUCCCAGCAUCCUCUUCCAUUCAGAAGUGUGGAUCCUUGUGAUGUCAGUUUUAGUGAUCAUUUGUCUCAGCAGACUUCUCUUUCUGGACAGCUACUUGUGGAAAAGGAGAAGAAUGAAGACUGUAAAAGUGAUAUUAGUGAGAAGGCAUUGAUCCCCCAAACAGGUGACAAUUUAGCACACACUACUUCAAAUAAGAUGCUAACCAAGGCAAAUAGACUGAAACAAAGUGAAGUUUCUUCUGCAAAGCAGACCUAUAAUACUUCUGUAAAAGAUGAACGUUCCUCUCGAGACAACAAUGUACCAGUUCCUGUUCUUGAGCUUUCAGAGAAGGAAGAAAGGUUAUUGAGGCAUGAUGAGUUCUCCUCAUCUUCAGAAAACUCUUGUAAAACGGCAUUGACGAGGACCUCAGAAAAAUGUGAAACAGAGAUGCAAAUGGAAAAGGUAAAAAUGGCUGAGAAUGAGUCAAAAGGGAGGGUAAGACAGAUAGAGAAGGUGGAAAAAGAAAGGAAAGUUCCUGAGCUUGGUUUCUCUAAUACAUUACCUGAUGAUUUAAGAAAAGACAAUUGUAAAAAUUCAGAUACACAAGAUAUAUUUUCUGCUAAGAAUUCUGAAAUAUCCAGACUGUCCAAGGAACGUGGUGCAGAUCUGAAUGAAUCUGGAAGCUUGAAGUUAAAGGAACUUCAGGGAGCUUUUCUAGCUCACCGGAAACAACCAUCUUCUGCAAUGAGGUUUGAGAAAGAGGAAUUUAUCCCUACUGUGACAGCUACCAGUGACUGUGUGCCUGAACAACUAAUUAUAUCCAACAUGAAAGCUCCAUCUCCAUGCAGUGAGAAAGAGGGUGCACAAGUGGAAGUAGGACCUGGAGUAAGCAGGACUGAAUUAACUGUAUCAGAUUUUUCCAUAGAAAGGGGACAUAAAGUUACAGAGGUUUCCCCUUCGUUCAAUCUCCUUGUAGGUGAUGGCUCAUUCUCUGGACACUUAGCUCAUCCAAAAUAUCAAUCUACACCAGGGAUACUUGUAAACAAAAACGUAAAGGCAGACGAACUGAGUAAAACCCUUCCGAACAAAUCAAAUAUUCAGGCCUCACUUUCAUGCUUAAAUGAAGAAACUUUAGGGAGCUCAUCUGCUAGUACACUUACUUCUUCUGUUGAGAAGCACCAACCACUCCAGUGUGCUGGGGAAGAAAAUAAUGAACACUCUGGGCCCUUAAAAUUGAAAUAUCCCCACACUGGAAGAAUCCAGUCUCUCCCAUCCCUUAAUUUCAUGGAGAAGGUAGGGGCUUGGAAUGUGAGCCAGCCAGAGAUGAUAUCCAGUUCAUUGGCUUUAUGUGACCCAAGUGGAAUUUCUCCUAGAAGGAAAGCCUACAGUGCAAUUGCCAGUUCUUCAAACUGUAUUUUAUCAAUGCGAAAUAGCAAUGGAGACCCCAAGGAUUCUGUUGCUGCUUGCUCUACGGAGACGGAGUUAUUGGCAAAUUUACCUUUCCAUAAUGAAAACUUAGUGCUCGUCCGCCCUCUUACCGGAUCUCAGUCUGAUGACUCAGUAAGUGUUGCCGGUAGGAACCCCUCCCUGUCUGAAGCUGUUCAGCCAGCAGACUCAACACAGGCAGUGCAGCUGUUAGAAGAAAAGAGUGAUGUUUUAGGAGUGUCUGAAAAUAAAGAAAACAGCAGUAGUUUAGUAGGCUCCAUGUUACAGAAGUUUACAGCCAAGGUUGUUGUUACUGGAUCUAGUGAUGAAGAUGUUGAAAGUAAUAGUACAGAACAAAGUUCAGACCCAAAUGUUUGCAUUUCUAGUGAAAGAGGUGAUCAACUCCUUAGAGAGGAUGGAAGCUCUCCAGCUGAUCACAAAGAGAGUUGUGGUGGUCUUGAAAAUCAAAGACAGUCUCAUAACCUAGAUAUUACUACUGGCCAUGUUACUAUGGACAAUUUCAGUGAUAUUUCCCCAGAUAGCUUGAAUCUUCUUGCUAGUUCUGGGGAAAGUAGCCAAAUGGACUUGGGCUCUGCAGGGUGCUCUUCUGUGGUUUCUAGGCACUUCUUCACCAGUGCAGAAGAGGACAACUUUAUCCCCUUUGGAGUAACUCCAUUGAAAACUCCAGUAAAAGAAGAGCUAAACAUUGAAGAAAGGAUCCCAGUUUAUCUUCGCAACCUUGGCAUUGACCAGUCGCCUGGAUCUAUACUGACUCCAUUUCUACCCCGAGGACCCAUCAGGGAAGUUGAAUUUUCUCCUUCAGAGCUUAGAACACUGAAGGACUCCACUGACACGCUUAGGAAGACGGUUCAGCAGCCACAAGAUGAAUUGCUGGCUGCAGUUGACACUACCCAAACAAGUUUUAACUGUGGCACUUCCGCUCUCAGUAUGUGUAUCCCAGCGGGUUCGGAUGUUGGCUCUGAUAUUCUGUUACUCAGUGAACUCUCUCCUUGCUUCUCAAGAUCUUCUGGAGACAGACCAGUGAGCCAGUGCAGUGUUUCAUGCCACCAACAGGAGCUAACUGCCUCCCGUUGUGUUGAAAGCAGAGCAGAGUAUUUAGCCGUCUCCAAACUAGCUGAACCAAAUCAGCACCUGCAGACGGUCUCACCUGACCACUGUUCUGAUGUAGAAAGUCCCAUGCUUGCUGCAAAACGUGUUCAAGAUCUGGUAGCUAAAAAUGCGCCGAAAGACGGGAAUAGUAGCCUGCAGGGAUGGCCUGCAGGUUCUUUGGCUGGAGUUAAAAAAGAAAUGGAAGUUGAGAUAGGAUCACAACCUUCAAGUGUAGGUACUGCUGGUAAUGAGAGAAAUAAGGAUCAAGAAAGUGAUUCCUUGAUUGGAUCUGAUGCAUUGAAAGAAAUACGUAAGCUUUUGGCAGAGGCAGAGGAUAUAGCUGGCAGCUGGUGUGACCCUAUCAUUGCCAUGGCCUCUUCUAGAGAAACUGUUGACUCUUCGCCAGUGCUAAUUAAAAAGGAGGAUGGCCCCAAAGAUUCCAGGGUAGUGAAAGACAAUGUCCCCGAGUUUCGGAGGAUAUUGUCAUGGGAUGAAGCUAUGACCCGAAGAAGUAUGCAAGAAGAGGGGUCAGUAAUAAAGUCCCUCAAUUCUUACCAUGGCGGUAUGAGAUGGGGAAGCUCUCUUGAUGUCAAUUUACAGAGCAGUGAAGAGAUGAUGAAAGAGAUGACCAAAGAGUUUAGGACAGGAAAAUCUGUGGGAAGGUCUGAGCCAGAAGGCUGCAGUAGUGCAGCUACAGACAGAAAUGCACCUGCUUUCGUGGCUGUUGCACAAAGUAAUGCAAGUAGUGAAGUGAGCAGUGAAAAAACUUCAGAGCCUGUGAGUCCUUCUCCAUCAGAGCCUCUGGGCUGUAUCACUGGUGCCCUGGGAAGCUUCCAGAGUGCCUUGGCUAAAGUUAGUGUAGCUGGCAGCAAGGAGGGAGGAAUUCAAGAGAAUGAUAACAGUAGCAGUGGAGAUUCACUAGCUGCCCGUGUCAAAAACCUUCUCAGAAACGGAUCGCCUGUGACACAUGCAAAACAAAUUUUAAGAAGUGCAGAGGAAGAGGAGAGGAAAGCACGAGCCUGGGUGAAGCUAAAACUGGCCAGCCGAUCUCAGGAAUCUGUGUCAGACCUGAGUAAAGAGGACCGACAAAGAAUAGAGGAGAUCAAGGCAGAGCUGCUUCUGAGUGCCAAGAAAUCUGGAGCAGCCAAGGAUCCAAGGGGAUGCACUUUGGAAGCUGCUUCUGAGUAUAACCACAAUCGGGAACAGGACAUGGAGCACUCCAGAGCUUCAAGCAACGAGAAGUUUCACGUUGACAGCCUUAAGCAAGUCUUCAGGACUAAGGAGCUUUUAGAGUCAAGCUUACAACAAGUCACGCCAACAUAUAGGGCUGAUCCCUCUGAUUAUUGCCUACGGAAGAAUACACAGUUUAAAUCUUUUAGUACUGUUCAAACACCUGUCUGCAGCCAGUAUCAGACGGUUGCAACUAGUCAUUCUGAUGCCAGCAUUGAACAUCAUGCACCAUUGCAGAAAGAAUGGGACACAUAUGUAAUGAGACUUCCAGCUGCCUCUGUACAGAGGGAGGAAAUGCAUUUACCAGCUCAGAAGAAGCUGUCUAUGGAAAAGUCCUCUGAAGAAAUGACUAAGCAAUUUACUUCUAUCACCUUUUCAUCGCGAAAACGUUCUCAGUCACCACUGAAUUCCGUGAUACUCAGCAGCAGCCUUACUGGAGAUGGUCUUGAUGGGAUAAUGCCUUUGGAGGUUGGCUCUGCUAGUACUGAGGAGCAGGUCCAUGGUAAACAACGUUGGCAAAGGUCUAAGAUCUGUCCUCCUUCAAGUCCAGUGCUUGCUGGUUCGCUAUCGAAUGAGAUUACAUUUACUGCUGACAAAGACAGGUUUCACCAUGUUUCUGCUGACACUAGCAGAACUGGAGCUUAUCAAGAAGAUUUUCUGUCAGAUCAGGAUUCUGUAAGCAUCCAUGGUGAUGAAGAACAGACCUGUACUGCAAAAAAACUUCAGGAAAUUCUGCCUGGAGAUGCAACUGAAUUAGGCAGACAUAGUGGCAGACUCCUGGGGGUUGACUGUGAUGUAAGAUUUAGUCAAGAUAUGAAUAGACUUCAUGAACCCUAUUCUGUAAACUCUUAUUAUCAGGGAAAGAGCACCUCACCCAGACACACACAACUUUAUGAGAAUUUAGAAGGUCCAGGCCUGACUGUAGGAACUGAUUUGCUAAAGGACCGUGUUAAUUUGUUAGAGAAAAAAAGUCCUUCUGAUAAAGCCUCUCUCAUUCAGAAAGAGGUUGCUAGAGAGCAAAUCAGUGUGUCUUGCCAUUCAUCUCCAAAUCAGAUUUUAUGUACGUCUGCAUAUCCUUCAUCGCCAACUAAGAAAGUACUGUCUUGUGUCCAUAUAACUCUUUCCCCAAAGUGUAAUGACUCACAGCUGUGCAGUGACUUGAAUACUGAAAAUGAGAUGAGAUUGGGGAAUAAGCAUGAAUUGAGUAAUAAGCUUCAUAUUCCACCAGUGUCUUCAAAAACUCCAGAAAUUUUAUUAGAAGCUGUUUCUAAAUCAUCAGCUACUGACCCUAUUCCAGCAGAUCAAGGAUCUUCCUCUUUUCCAGUGCCAGUAUCUUCAGCAGAUUCCUGCUUUGUACUUUCCUCUGUUCCAAGCACAGCAGGGCAAGAGCUAAAACCUGUGCCUCAGCAAAGCUGCGAGAGACCACAGGCCACUGUUCUGGGUUCAGGGGGAUGUAAUCUGAAGAAUAACUUCAGCUCUGUAGUUUCUGAAAAAAAUGGGAAAACGACUUCUGAUGCUACCACUCAGAUAACAACAGAAAGUCCUGAAAAAACAACCUUUUCAGCUGAAAUUUAUGUUAAUUCGCAAGACAGCGAUAAUACUAUCCAGCAAUCAUCUCUCCAGAAAGCACAUGAAGUCUCCAGUUGUGCGACUUCAUCCUUUAACAGGAUUUCUUCUCUUCCAAGGCAAGGUGGUCAGCCAUUAUUGCUGCCGUAUAAACCGUCUGGAAGUACUGAGAUGUAUUAUGUUCCUUAUCCAAAGUCAGGAUCCAAAGUGUCUCCAGUUGCAUCAGAAAUGACUGUUGAGAGCUCUCACUCAGGAUCAAAUGAUGCUAUUCCUCCAAGUUUUCCAGCAAAUGUGCUUGGUUUAAGGGAUGAUAAUAUUCCAGACAGUACAGCUACUAAGCAUAAAGAAGGAAUCUAUAGUAAGAGGGCCAAGCCUGAGCUAGCCUGGACUGAGGAGAAAAUGAUACCACUGGAGGUUGCCCCAGAAUGCACAAAUCAUUUGAAAUCUGUAAAAACCACUCAUUCCAUCUUCAAAUCAGCACAGUUCUACCUUCAUCCUCCAAUGCCUAUGUAUGACAGCUACUUCCUGUCUAACAGUGAGCUGUCAGAGGAGUGUUCUGAUACUGGACACGUUAGACCUUCCUCGAAUGCUUUCUUCCAGAAUUGGAAAAAUGUGGAUCAUGGUCAGCAUGUUUUCUCUGCUCGUCAUAGGAAGGAUGGUGAAAAUGAAUUCUUUCCACUAACUGCAGAAGCAGAUUACAGCAGGAAUGAGAAUAUAAGAAUUAGUACAUCUGUGGGGAAUGAAACUUCAGGGAAGGAGCUAUUUCAACAUGGCAGAAGAGAAGCAGAACAAAAGAAGGCUAGUUACCGUUUACCAUGCAGCCAAAUGACUGACUUUAACAAGAAACUGGAGACAGACCUGCCAGUGAAACAGAGAACCCAUUCCACUGGUAGCUUAGAUGAGCUCUGGACUAAGUUUUUGGAGCGCCAGAGGAGACACCAGCACCAUGAUUUUAGGAGUGACGGUGAGCUAUCCCUUGUUGAACGCCUCGAUCGGUUGGCUAGAGUCCUUCAGAAUCCUGUUAAGCAUACGUUAAUACCUACAAAACCUGAAAAGAGUGUUUCUGAAAAGAAAAUUGAGGGAGGAGAGCAGAAGAAAAUAAGGCUUCAGGAGAAGAACACGUGUGAAAGUAUCUUAGAGCCUAAUGCAGUACAUGGUGAAGAAAGACCACGUAUCAACCAUGAUAAAAAUAGCCUUGCUGAGUUCAGGAAAAAUAGGGUGGGAGAGAAGACUAUCUGUCACAUGAAUAAAAUUUUGGAGCAGCAACAGCACUUGGAAACUCUUAGCGACACUUCCUCAGAGACAAGGCUUAGUAAAGAUCAUGGCACUGUGAUCAGUUCCACCACCUCUGAAUCUGACGUGGUGACCCAGACAGAAAUGGAAACUGCUACUCAGACUGAGGUGAGCAGUUCCAUUUCCACCAUUGACACUGCCAGGCUGAUCAGGGCUUUUGGGCGUGAAAGAGUGCGUGUGUCGCCAAGACUGUCCCAACUUUAUUGUACCAUCAAUCAGCAGAAAAAUCGCUAUGAGAAGUGGGACAAGUGGAGCAGCAAAGCAAGGGGUGUGGGUCCUAAGGUGACUUCUGAGAGACAGAGGAAGAGGAAAGAGAUUGAGAAGGCAGUUUCCGUUUCAUCAGAUUCAGCUGCUACCAGCAGUAGUUCUUGGGGGCCAAGCUCUGCUCUUAGUAACAAGCGACGGAUACGGAUGUUAAACAAAGGUGUCCAAGCAGGAGACUUGGAGAUUGUGAACAGUGCAACUAAAAAAAACACUCGAGAUGUUGGCGUGACUUUUCCAACUCCAAGACCUAGUCAGCCAAAUCUACGGCCAUGGGAACCCUGGCAUCGUGUCGAUGGUAUUUUUGGAGAGUCAGAUGGUGUGGUCACAGAUCAUCAGGUACCAGGAAGCAAGGGUAAACAGAAGGAACAGCCAGGCAAUUUUUUCAUGGAGAAAAAGAUGAAAAGGAGCAGGCUGCAUUUGCCACAAGGAAUUUCCUGGCUUAGCCAAGCAGAGGAUUUGAAAUCUGAAUCUAAGAAAGAAAACUGUUCCAAUUCCGUUUCUGGUCCUGGUCCAUCUUGGUUUGAACCACUGACCAGCACAAAGCCCUGGAGGGAGCCUCUCCGAGAGAAGAAUGGGCAAGAGCAGCAGCCUAGCAACGUGGUUCAGCCAGCGGUUCCAGAAAGAGAUGCUGAGAACAGGUCCCCACGACCAUUUGUGAAGUUGACGCUACAGGAGGCUCUUGCGUUGCAUCGCCCUGAUUUCAUCUCCCGGUCUGGAGAGCGUGUAAAGCAUCUGAAGCUUGUAAUAGAGGAAAGAAGGAUGCAGAGUGUAUUGCAGUGUGAACGAGAACAGCUCUUUAAUCCCCCUGAGAAAAGAAAGGGCUACAGGAAUGCAAGUUGCAUGCUCUCUGAAAGAGGCUAUCUGAUUAGACAAAAGAGAAGACCGAUUUCAAAGAGUGAAAUGGUUCAAAGAUCCAAAAGAGGUAAUGUGGACAGUAACAUUUUUAGAAAAGAUGGCCUCCUAAAAGCAGCUGCAGACAGAGUAGGAAAGCAGGGAUGCACAGGAAGGAUCUAUGAGCAGCUGCCAGAGGUGCAGAAGAAGCGAGAGGAAGAGAAGAGAAAAUCAGAAUACAAUUCAUACCGGCUAAAAGCACAGCUUUACAAAACGAAGAUCACCAACCAUGUCUUAGGGAGGAAGGUACCUUGGAACUGAUAAGGAUCUUGUGUUCAAACAAAGAUGUAUCGUGCUUAGUACAUUUACAGCGUCUUCCUCUGUAAAGGAGAUUGUGAAGCAGAUAGUGCAGUAAACACUUGUGCAACAUAUGCUUUGUGGUAUUUAAUAGUGUCAUUUUUGUACUAAUAUAAUCCAGCCAUAUUUAUAAAGUAUUUUAAGGAUCAAGGAUUUAAUGUGAAUGAAAAUCUUUUAAAUAAAUGGCUGUUGUUUGUAGUGGUGUUGUGCACUUCCAAGCAAAUGCAGUUUGGAAGUAUUUGGUUCAUAAUAUAUUUAUAACUACCUGAUUGGAAUAACUGUUUUUAUAUUUAUUAUAAAUUGUUUUUAACAAUGAUUUUUUUAUGUUUUUUAUUUCCUCUUUCAGUGUAGAAAACCUAUUUGUACUGUUUUGUAUUGCAAAAAAAAAUAAAUAACAUCAAAUCA